ACCAUUUCGGGGGUCCUAUCACCAUUUCCGUCCACAGGAGUGACGCCGGUGGAGACACAGUUGAUCAGCUGAUUGUGAGCGAAGAAAUUAUCCAAAAUAACACCGUUUUUUCUAUUACAAUGAACGUAACACCGACAGACAGCUAGGUACUUUCAAGUUGGACAGUGUUUGACAUGAUUCAUUUGGACUUUCAUCAUGGACAAGAUUUUGGAGGGCCUUGUGAGUUCCAAUCACUCUGUUACAGUAAAGAGGGCCAUCGUGAAGAAGGUUGUGGAAGCAGCAGAGAAGGAAGUGACGGAGCAGCAGUGUCAGGCAUUGUUUACACUGACCACUCGCCUCAUCUUGCAUGGUGAAGAUGCCUUCCAGAAGCAGAUUGGCUUCCAGGUUUUGGAAGCCUAUGCACGCUACCACCGUCCAGAGUUUGAGUGUUUCUUCAGUAAAGAUUUUGUCGUAAGCCUUCUCCAGCAAGGCUAUGGCCAGCUGAACCACAAAGAUCCAGCCAUAAUAGACUACAUUCACUCUUGCCUGCGGCUGCUCAUCAGCUGCCCCUCAGUGCUGGAACUCUUCAGCGUGAUACAGGUGGAGGUUUUAAGGAUGGUGUGUGAACGUCCUGAGCCCACUGUUUGUGCCCGUUUGAGCACUUUGCUGUCUGACUUUGUGCAGUGCAUCCCGAGGGAUAAGUCGGGCGUUUUGUUCUGCCAACAGUUAGUCAGGACCAUCAGUUACUUCCACUGCUUUUCCAACCAUGAGCGGGAGCUGAGAGAGUAUGUGGGUCAGGUGACUAAGGUUAGCUCACUGUUACAGAACAUCUGGAAGGCAGAACCUGCCACACUGCUUCCCUCACUGCAGGAAGUCUUUGCCAUCAUCUCUUCCACAGAUCCUGCCUUUGAGCCAUCCAUCUCUCUUGCCUGCCUGGUCCAGCAUAUCCCCAUCCAGAUGAUAACAGUGCUUAUCAAGAGCCUCACCACAGACCAGAACGUCAAAGAUGCAAACAUGACUAAAGCACUCUGCAGGAUGAUAGACUGGCUGUCUUGGCCUUUGGCCCAACAUGUUGAUACCUGGGUCAUUGCUUUGCUCAAAGGACUUGCUGCAGUUCAGAAGUUCACGAUCCUCAUUGAUGUCACUCUGCUCAAGAUUGAAUUGGUAUUUAGUCGCCUGUGGUAUCCAAUAGUGCGACAGGGGGCGCUAGCUGUGCUCUCACACAUGCUGUUGAGUUUCCAGCACUCUCCUGAGGCCUUCCAUUUGGUUGUUCCACAUGUGGUGCAUUUAGUCCAGUCCUUAAGGACCGAUGGUCUUCCCACCAGCAAAGCUUUCUUGCUGCAGUUCACUGAGCUCAUACACUGCAUGAUGUACCAGUACUCCGGCUUUCCUGACCUCUACGACCACAUACUAGAGGCUAUCAAGGAUCUCCCAAAACCUGGAGAGGAGAAGAUCAAGCUGAUGUUGAAUCAAAGUGCCUGGACAUCUCAGUCCAACUCAUUUGUGUCUGGUCUUCUGAGGCAAGCAGGGAAAUCUGAGACUGGCAAGACAGGCCUAGUCAACCUGGGGAACACCUGUUUCAUGAACAGCAUCAUCCAGACCCUGUUCAUGGCCACAGAUUUCAGGAGGCACGUUUUAUCAUUAUAUCUAAAUGGAUCCAACACACUAAUGAAAAAUCUUCAGUUGCUUUUUGCCAUUCUUGCGCACACACAGAGGGCAGCAUAUGCUCCAAGAAUCUUCUUGGAAGCAUCUCGGCCUCCCUGGUUCAAUGCGGGCUCUCAGCAGGACUGUUCCGAGUACCUCAGGUUUCUUCUAGACAGGUUGCAUGAAGAGGAGAGAACACUUCAGGUCCUGGAAUCAGCUAAGCCAAAGGUUGACCCCCCUGUAGACACAAGCAGCAAUGGUACAACAGGUCAGACUUCUUCAGAGGAAGGUGAAGAGUUGCCUUCAGUAAAUGUUGGAACCAAACCAGGAAAUGAUGGGAGGACUUUAAUCGAAAGGAUGUUUGGGGGGAAGCUGAUCACAGGCAUUCGCUGUAUGCAGUGCAAUUGCAACUCUGAGAAAGAGGAACCUUUUACAGACCUGUCUUUAGCCUUUUGUCCUACCACCUCUCAGGAUGGCCCCCAGCCUGAGGGGCCCACAGAGGAACCCAAGGUUCUAUGUCAGGGAUCUGUCAAUGGUGGUAGUGAAACUCCUGAAUCAGGCCCGGCCAAAUCCCCAGCUAGCAAUGUCCAUUUUGUGCCAGUUACAAAUGAGCCUCCUCUCUCUGUGCCAGACCUGGUGAACUAUUUUCUGGCCCCAGAGACCCUAGAUGAAGACAAUGCCUAUUUCUGUGAGAAGUGUAGUUCUCUCCAACGGGCAGAGAAGACCUUGAAAUUGGUGUCGGCACCGGAGUACUUGAUCCUGACCCUGCUGCGAUUCUCAUAUGAUGCCAAAUGCCAUGUCCGGAGGAAGAUUCUGGACAAUGUUACCAUCCCAACACACAUGAGCCUCCCAGUGCAUGUCCCCUCAAUGACUGUACAGUGUUCCUCUCCUACCUCUUUGUCUCUGCAAGUGGAUUCUCCUGAAAGCAGUGAGAAUCUGGCCAAGAAACUCAAACCAUCUCAAAAAGAGGAGGAGGAAGAGGAGAAGGGCAGUAUAGAUGGAACAGAGCAGAUAAGCCGAGAAGGAGAAAUGCCAGUGCUGUCUGUUCCUUAUGUCCUCACCUCAGUGGUGAUGCAUUCUGGUAUGUCAUCUGAGAGUGGCCAUUACUACUCCUACGGUCGUGACAUCAGCGGAGCAGUUGGAGCACAGCAUCCGGCCAAUCACCUUGCCCUCAAGGAGGAUUUGGGAAAUGGCCAAGUGGAGUGUAGCCUCCCCACUUGCUCAGCUGUCUCAGCUCCACCCGAACAAGGGGACACACUGGCAAAUAGUGUCCAAGAGGCAAGGGAUUGGAUGCUGUUCAAUGACAGCAGAGUGACAUUCACAUCCUUCCAAUCAGUACAAAACAUUACUAAUCGUUUCCCCAAGGACACAGCUUAUGUGCUUAUGUACAGGAAACAGGAGCUACAAGGGCAGAACAUAAAUGGCGGUCUCAUGGCAAAUGGAAUGAGUGCUGAGCCUCCUCUGCAGAAAGAACUGCUGGAUGCUAUUAUCAAAGACAAUAAGCUGUAUUUACAGGAGCAGGAGCUUAAUGCUCGGACGCAGGCUCUCCAGGCCCCUUCAUCAUCCUGUUCGUUCAGGCCCAACGGUUCAGAUGACAAUAACCCACCGGGGAGCUGCGGCCCAUCUGGUGGAGGUGGUGGAGGAGGAGGUGGGGGAGGGGGAUUCAAUACCAUUAGCAGACUGGUAUUUUGAAAUGGAGAAAUGCUGUAGGAUUCCCAUAUAUGAACUGACAGGAAAGAUGUCUUGGACAAUUUCAAACAAAAGUCUGAUGUGUCAUUACAUAGAUGUACGCAUAACAUCAGAAACAGAGCACUGAAAUGAUCUGAAAUCACACAUGCAUACAUGCAUAGAUUAUCUGUGCUGGCUCUGAUCUGAGAUUUGAUGUUGACUCAAAUGUUUGUUUGUUUUUUACCACUGCACCACAGCCGUUUAAUAUUAGUUUUAUUUAUUGAGGUUAUUUUCUUUUUGUGAUUUCAGUAUUGUUAUUGCCAUUAAUCCUCCAAAUAAAAAAAAUAGUUAGAAAAUGUGUAUUCUCUCCCUUAAAUGAAAUACUUAGCAAAAUAUAAAUUGAUAUUUGAGAAGUAAGAUUACCAAUCAUUAGUCUUCUAAUAAGCUUUUACACUGAUUAAAAAUGGAAAAUUGAUUCAGUCUGGAACAUACUUGUGCUAUCUGGCUUGUCUUGAGUGUUCAUAGUAUUACAUCACACGCAAACAUGUAGAUGUGCAGAGCACAAUGCAGAGGACUAUUCAGUUGUAAGAUUUUUUUUUGAUUGGUCACAGUUUUGAACACAGCCCUUACACUUUGUUAAUUUUUUUCUAAUAUGCAUGCAGCUUUUUCAUGAGCUGUGGAGUUUUGAUUGUAAAUCUUUUUGGUGUGUUAUGGUGUUUUAUAGGAUUCAUAUCCCAUGCAAUAAUUGUAUAUAUGACUUACAUGAGAUUUCUGAAUGAUGAAAUAAAAUAUAUGGAAAGUAAA